UGCUUCCUCCCCUCCUGUUUCCACUCGAGAGAAUCGCCCCUUCCGUUAGCUCGCUCUCAGGCUCAGCUCCUCCCUGCAGCCUAUAUAUGUACCUGCGGCAUGCACUAGGAGUGCUCAUCUCGCCUCCUCCACCGCCACCGCCACCGCCCACCUCGCCUCCAUCGCCUCUCCGGCCCCAAACCACAGCAACAGCCAAACGCGUCAGCCAGCUAAUCGGGCCGUCGUCGUCGACCGUCCAGUCUCCCCGGCCAGCCGGCACCCCCCGUCACCUCGCCCCAUCUCCGUCCGCCCGCCGGCCUCGUCGACCUCCGUCACCUCGACCAUCGGGGAUCGUCCAAUUAAUCAUCCCGGCAUAUCCUGUCAACCAAUCGAGGGGAUAAAGCAGACAAAGCAGAGGAGGGAAUGGGCGUGAUGGAUGGGAUGAAGCCGGUGGCGGCGAUGGUGGUGGUGCAGUUCGUGUUCGCCGGCGUCAACAUCUUCUACAAGCUGGCCGUGUCCGACGGCAUGGACAUGCGGGUCCUCGUCGCCUACCGCUUCCUCUUCGCCUCCGCCGUCCUCUCGCCCAUCGCAUACUUCGUCGAGAGGAAGAAGCGAACCAAGGUGACGUGGCGAGUCCUGCUGCUCUCUUUCAUCUGCGGACUCUGUGGGGGCUCGCUGGCGCAGAACCUCUACAUCUCCGGCAUGAAGCUCACCUCCGCCACCUUCGCCUCCGCCAUGACCAACCUCAUCCCGGCCAUCACCUUCGUGCUCGCCGUGCUCUUCCGCUACGAGCGCCUCGCCAUCCGCACCCUGGCCGGCCUGGCCAAGGUCACCGGCACGCUGCUCGGCGUCGGCGGCGCCAUGCUGCUCACAUUCUACAAGGGCGCCCAGGUCACCCCUUGGCCCCCCACCCACAUCAACCUCGCCGCCCAGCUUGCCGCCCGGCACCAACACGACGAACAUGCCGCCUCCUCCCUUCACCCGGACAGCGGCAACCGUGCCAUGGGCUGCCUGCUCUGCACCGGCAGCUGCUUCUUCUACGCGCUCUGGCUCAUCCUGCAGGCCAGGCUCAGCCGGGAGUACCCCUUCCACUACUCCACCACGGCCCUCAUGUGCGCCAUGAGCGCGCUCCAGUCCGCCGCCUUCGCGCUCUGCUUCGACCGGGACCCCAUCCAGUGGCGCCUCUCCUCCGGCGUCCGCCUACUCGCCGUCCUCUACACGGGCGUGGUCGCCUCGGGGGUCAUGCUCGUGGUGCUCUCCUGGUGCGUCAAGUGGCGAGGCCCCCUCUUCGCGUCCGUCUUCAACCCCAUGAUGCUGGUGGUGGUGGCCGUGCUCAGCUCGCUGCUGCUCGGCGAGGAGCUGCACCUCGGCAGCGUGCUCGGUGCCGUUCUCAUCGUGACGGGCCUCUAUUCCGUUCUCUGGGGAAAAGGCCGCGAGGCGGCGGAGAACGAGCCCGCCAAGGCCCGCGCCUCCGGCACCGAGCUGCCGCACAUCGACAUCGUCGUGCAUCGCCAUGAUCCUCCUCCCACGCCACAGCAGCAGAGCACGGAGCCGGGGCCGGCGCGGUAAAAAUCGGAGCAGGCAUGCAGGAAGAGGACCAGCGAUCGAAGAGAUGAACUGGCCCAAGAUUUGUUACUGUUUUAUUUGUCAGGAAAGGAUGGACAGAGACUGUACCGGUGGAACUUGUCGCAAUUGGGAGAGUCAGUAGUUGAGCUCGUUUGUUGGGUGGUUAGGACUCGGUUAGAUCUAGCGUAGUUACAAGGAGUGGCUUCUCUGAUUCUGUUGGUGCUGAAAUGUGAAGAUAGAGGAGGGAAGGAUGUAGUACAAGGAACUUCAGCAGGAUGAGAUGAAUGGACAAACCAAUAAAUUUCGGACACAUAAUCCUUUUAGAUGAGAAA